AAGUGCAAAGCUUCCCUAUCCAUCACAAUUACAAGGCUGAGGAUAGAGGAGGAGCUCUCUCUUCUUCCUUCCACACCAAAACAAUGUCUUCCAUGGCUUUGUUUUCUCCUCCCUCUCGCCUUUCCUCACUCUCUCCUUCUUCACAUCACCGAACCCACUUCCCCUCCAGACCCUUUUCCUCUCUCAGGUCCAGAAACCCUUCUUCUUGGGUCGCUGCUGACAAUGGCGCCGGAAUUUCAGGUGGUUCCGUCGCUGUAGAAUCCGCCGUCGUACAGAAGGAUCCGGAGCCGGUGGUGGAAAAGCAAGAGAUCCUUGCUGAAACCAAUGGGUCGGUGGCGGCUGUGGAAGAAGUGGUGGUGGUUAGCAAAUUUGAAGACCCUAAAUGGGUUAAUGGGACUUGGGAUUUGAAUCAGUUCCGGAAAGACGGAAGUACUGAUUGGGAUGCUGUUAUUGAUGCCGAGGCUAGGAGGAGGAAAUGGCUGGAAAACAAUCCAGAAUCAUCAAGUAAUGAGGACCCUGUGCUGUUUGACACAUCCAUAGUUCCUUGGUGGGCUUGGAUUAAGCGCUACCAUCUGCCAGAGGCUGAGAUUCUCAAUGGGCGUGCAGCCAUGGUGGGGUUUUUCAUGGCUUACUUCGUCGAUAGCUUGACGGGGGUAGGACUAGUAGGUCAAAUGGGCAACUUCUUCUGCAAAACUUUGUUAUUUAUUGCAGUGGUGGGAGUUCUUUUGAUCAGAAAGAACGAAGAUAUAGAGACUCUAAAGAAGUUGAUUGAUGAGACGACAUUUUAUGAUAAACAAUGGCAAGCAACUUGGCAGGAUGAAACCAAAGGCUCAGGCAAAGUGUAAUGUGUUCUUGUUUUGCUUUAAUUAUGUUUGUAUCUCUUAAGAUUUGGGCUUAGUAGAGACGGAUAAUGUGAGCUCUGAAAGAUAUUGAAUGUUUAGGCCUCAGUUUGUUCAUGUUUCUUGUUUCAGUGAAAA